AUGAAGAUUUUUCUUUUUAGAGGUAAUUCAGAAUUAUUUAAACUAACUAAGAGAGAAGACAAGCAAAUAGCUCGAUUUUUCACUUUUGGAGCUCUCGUCUACACCAAGAUUUGGAUCGAAGCGCCUUUGGCAGCAGACGCACCAUUCAAUGACCUGCUGCAUUGGAAGUCAUUAAAAUUAUAUGAAGCUAUCGAUUUAGGAAUCAGUAUAGCUGCAAGGGUUGUACUCGAGCAUCACUUAUGGUAA